AUGGCUUCCAAGACGAGCGGCCCUCUGGGCAGCGUCGUAGCUUUCGAGGGUCGCCCGGAUACCAUUUCCACUCAGCUGCGACUUCUUCCGACAUCGUCGCAGGUGCUAAUUCUGCCGAGCGUGCGAUGCUAUCUGCCAGCAGAAAACCCUGAGCAACCGUUUGAUGCUCGCGCGUACGUGCGACAAGUUCACGACGCCCUAGUGGCCCGCAAUGACGCCGCAAGAGCCUUCCUACAAGGCUCUACGCCUUCCAACAAGCGGCUCGUCUUCAUGAACGGUGGCACCCCAAGUGCCCAAGCGCUCUGCAUCAGGACCAUCAUGACGCAUGAGACUGGUGGCAACAAGGCAGAGGCUGGUGCAGUCUUCGACGACUUGAUAAAGGAUGGGUUGGCUGGACUUGAGCAUAACAGAAAUGCGAGUCAUAAGAGAAACACCUUCGGAUACAGCCAGUAUGGCUCGGACCUCGGCGAUCUCGAAGAUCCCAUAACAAGGGCGAUGCGAGCCGCCGACGCACUCGACCGCCAGACUGCCAACUUGCAGCCCGCCGAGGGUCUCGACCUGGCCUUGUUCACGCGACAGCGCAGCUCAAGCUUGCCCAUGUACGGAUAUUCAGACGAGUUUGGUGAUGCCGCCCCAUUUUUUGUUUUCGGAGCUCGGAGGGAGAGCCAGGCAUCUGAGGCCGGCAUGGCCCCUGCGACCCCCAAGACUCCCAGUCUCACUGUCGCGCAGCGCGAGGAGCCAAUCCAACGGUUGAAUCGCCUCGUCCGCCUCUCCACAACAUCAUACCCUAAUUCCCCCAGCUGUGUCGGAGAGACUUACCAGCCGAAACCCUCUCAAGAACGAUCCGAGGCCGAUAUCCCAUCCCCAGUGUCUGAUGUCUUCAGUAUUCGCACGCAAGACAACGUCAUCUAUGGCGAGGCUUCGCUUCUAGACGUGCGCUCCUCUAUAUGUAGGGGCCCGGUGACGAGGGUGAAGUCUUUGGAUAGGAUUUACCCCUCGAGCCCCAAGUUUCGAGACCUCGGUAUACCAUCAGAAUCCUGGCUUGCCGAGCCAGAAACUCCCAAGGCAUCCCGCCCUCAGUCUUUGAUGGUGAUCGCCAGCGACAGAGAUGGUACAAUUGGCCGGCUAAGCACCAUCGAGCAACCCAGGACGGUCAUCGUGCGAUCAAGGCUGCCCGUUGUGCAGAUGGCCCCUGUUCCAGAGAACAAAAAAAGAGUCAAGAAGCCCAGCCGUGCUAGCUCAACAUACAUAGACCGUGGCACGGAUGCCGUCACCAGCCCGACGCUACAGUUUCAACCGGUCUUUACCUGCACAGAGGAUCUGGUUGUCUAUUUGAAAGACGGCAGUCCGGAUGGUGUGCUGGAAGCUGCAAUCAACGCCUUCAAGGACGGACGCUACCCUUUGCUCUCGCACUCUCCGACAGCCUCAGAAUGCGGCCAUGCGGCCAAGUCUUUGCCUGGCACGCCCGACUUUGAUUCACCGAGAGACCAAGAGACAUCCUCUAUCAGAGUGUCGGAGGAGAAUACAGAGGGUCUCCAAACGGCACCAACGUCUGCGAGUGGAGAGGACUACGACCCAUUCGCCUAUAUGCAGCCAACGUGGCAGCCCCGGAAAUUGUCACUUGUUGCGCCGAAAGUAACGAUUGUUCGCCCUCCCACGCCGAUCCAGACGCCACCGCCGAACGUCACUGCCGUCGAGCAGGAGCAAAAGUUUCACGAGUUUACCGUUGCCGCGAACCAGACUGCCGUGGCAGUCCAGAACUCGUUGAGAUCCAUUCUUGGGGAGUAUUUCCCUCCAGACACGGAAGGCUAUCACCAAUUCCAGUUUUCCCUGCUGCCCGAACUCGACGGCAUGUGGAAACCAAUAUUCCGUACCUUUGACCCGGAGAGCCCGCAAUUUGGUGAUGGGAGAGUCCAUCAGAUACUCGCCAUCGGGUCCCAGCAAGGCGUCAAGAAGGAAUACUCGUCGGCGAUCACGGGGCGACUGGAAAAGCUGGGCAGCAAGUCCAGUGAUCUCGGUCGCGCUGACAGGCUUGACUUUCGUUAUCUGCUGGCCAACGCCAUGCAAGCCUUUACGGCUCAGCCACUUGCCAACCAGACGUCUGAUAACCCCUUUACCAACCCUUAUUUGCUGGCGACUCUCAUAGUCCCUCACUUGGAAACAUACCUGGCUCUGCAUUCGGAGGUUCGGUACCUGUUGUUGCAGUACCCGCCUGAGCACUUCAAGACGGUCUUGGCGCUCCAAAAGCUGGUUGGAGUCGAGUUGAUGAAGGUGGCGCAGAUCGUUGACUCCGACAGCAAAGACAACUUACCCUUUACUCACAUUCGAGGGGCCUCAAUGGGCACAAAGACCGAAGCCAGCCCAGCCAAGCGGUCGUCGCCUUCGCCGAGAUCGUCUUUCGACACUCCAGUGUCGAAGGCCAACUAUCUCCUGACAUCAACGGCUUCCGACAAAGAUAUUGCAACCUUUGUAUCCACAGUUUGGAAUAUUUUAAUGGACGACUCUUGCUCCGAAACCACCGAGCCAGUCGCAGAGAAGGUUUCAAAACGCAAAGCAAAACCAUCACCCCUCCGACUCAAGGAGAACCUCAAAGCUUUCCCGGCGGUCGGGCCGCAGAGCCCACUGUCUCCGAGGACAGUGACGAUUCUGCAGCCUGGCCCCGCUUCUGCUGCAUCGACCUUGCGACCACCAUCCGCAUCGGGAACGGUCAAGACGUUUCGAUCUAUUCGGAGCCGGCAGAGUCGGAGGGCCAACGGCAAUUAUGCACCAUCUCAUACCGAGACCGCCUCAAUCAUGACAUAUGAUCCCAACGAGGAUAGCGACUACGACGUUGAGGAACGCAGACUCAUGCCUCUGUUCAUGAGGAAGAGCCCAACUCUGAAGCCAAGUAGUCGCAAGGCGCUCAAGUUCCUUGGCCUGGCUUGA